UCCCAACAAAGCGCGUUCCUUUCUUCCAAGAAUCACUGCUAUUGCUAAGCCCUAUUUGGACGCAGCAGUUAUCGUUCCAACUUUACAGUUAUGAGUUAACUACUUCAUCUCUCACUCUCUCUGUAUUUAUCUAUUUUAGGACAUUGCUAGUUUGCUUCAUAUAUUCAGAUAAAAAUGGUUACAAUAUGUUUAGAAUGUUGCUAUUUUUCUUUCAAAUGUUGUGAUCAUGAAAUGGGGUUUUGCAGAAUAUGACAGAAAUGGAGGUUGAUGAUGAGGGUGAAGCCAUUCUUCGUGAAAAGAGCCUUAUACAUGUUAUCUUUUCUUGGUCUUUUAAGGAUGUCCUUAACAAAGACCUUUAUAAAGACAAGGUUUGUUUUUACUGCUAUUUUCCCCUUUGUCUUUUACAGUGUAAUGUCAGCGGUGAAAAGCAUCCCUUUGACAUUUCAGUCCAUCACUUUGUAUAUGAAGUCAUUCGUCUUCCCUCUUAUAGAGGAAACACAUGCUGAUUUGUCUUCUAGCUUUGAUAAAGUGGCAAGUGCAUCGACAUGCAAAAUAUUUUCUAUUGAGGAAGCGGAGAGCAAUAAGCCAUCUGAUAAAUGCUUAUACAUUAUUGAGGUGGAAAAGAAAGAGAUUAGUAGUGAUGGCAGAGCAUAUGAACCUGAGACGGGGGAUCUACUUGCCAUUACAGAUGUAAGACCAACGUGUGUCGAUGAUCUAAACAGACCGACAAUAUCCUAUUUACUUGCUCUGGUUCAACGAGUGACAGAUGGGAAAGAUUAUAUCAAGAUCAAGAUCUUUUCAUCGAGGCCCUUCUUGGUUGAACAGGGCACUCUGAAAAGUCACAUAAAGGACUCUUUGUUCUUGGUUUCUCUUAUAAAUACGACAACAAAUACACGCAUUUGGAAUUCAUUGAGCUUCGGGCUGGAAAGGCAAAACUGUGAAGUCAUUCGGAAAUUACUGGAACCUGGAUUUUCUGUGACUGGUAAGGAAAAAUGUAAUCUCUGUUUGCUAGGGGAAGUGUAUAGAUUAUGCAGAUCAAAGAUCCUUGCAACAAAUCGGUCAAUCAAGCUUAAUGAUUCCCAGCAAGAAGCAGUGUUGAACUGUCUCGCGACACAAUAUUGCCAUCACGAGAACACGACUAAACUAAUCUGGGGUCCUCCUGGAACAGGGAAAACGAAGACAGUUAGUGCAUUGUUGUUUCUACUUUUGAGCCUCAAUUGCAGAACAGUAACUUGUGCUCCAACUAAUGUUGCAGUUCUAGAAGUUUCUAGACGAGUUUUGAGGCUUGUGCUGGAGUCAUCUGAAUUUUUGACUUACGGUCUAGGGGAUAUAAUUUUGUUUGGAAACAGAAAACGAAUGAAUAUCGAUAACCAAGAUGCGCUGCUUCAUAUUUUUCUUGAUCAUCGUGCUAAAGUUCUAGCAAGGUGCUUUACUCCUGCCUCUGGCUGGAAUUACUCAUUGCAGUAUUUGAUAACACUACUUGAAGACACUGAAAUGUUGUACCAGUUUUAUUCCAUAAAUGGUCAAGAAGAAGAUGCUGAUGCCGAACUUUUUCAGCAAUAUUAUAAUAAUGCUAAUUAUGAUAAAGAAAGCCUGAAAAAAGAGGACAAAACACCGAGGUUAUGUGCUGAAGACUUCAAGGACGAGUGGAACAAGAGACUUUGGCAAGUCAUUUCCAAAACAAUAAAAUUGAAUGAUGAAAGUCAACUUGACCAAGGGUUUUGUCGGAACAAGAAACAUUCAAAAUCUGUUCGUAGAAAGUGUCGUAAUGAUUUUCAUCAAACUAAAGAAAGGUUAAAUUUUGAGGACUUUGUGACUACCAGAUUAAAUUGCAAACUGGAGGCUUUUACUUUCUAUGUUGUUAACUUUGUCAUGCACUUGCCAACUUCAUUCCUGUCUAUGGUGGUGGCAAAAGACAUGAUCAAAGCUGUAAACUUACUUAAUUCACUUAGUAGUUUAUUGCAAAGUAUUACCUUUAAGGGUAGAAGCUUGAAAGAAGUCUUUGUUAGAAACAAAGAAGUAGAGGGACAAGUGACUGGCGGCUCUUCUGAUGUAGAAUUGGCCAAACAAGAGUGCCUUAAGAUACUCAAAUCCCUUCCUAACAGAUUUUUUGAAGCUGAAGAUGAGUUCUCAAUAAAAAAUCAAAUUUUAAAAAAUGCAUGCCUGAUUUUCUGUACUGCUUCAAGCUCCUUCAAAUUGCAUGAGGCAGAUGCUGAAUUGCUGGUUAUUGAUGAAGCUGCUCAGCUUAAAGAAUGUGAGUCAACUAUCCCUUUACAGAUUCCUGGUCUCCGUCAUGCCAUACUCAUAGGGGACGAGUGGCAACUGCCUGCCAUGGUUAAAAGCAAGGUUUGCGAGGAGGCCAAGUUUGGGCGGAGCUUGUUUGAGAGGUUGGCACUUCUGCGAUUCAAGAAACACCUUCUUAAUCUUCAGUAUAGGAUGCAGCCGUCAAUUAGUUCAUUUCCCAAUAGAGAAUUCUACCAGAAUCAGAUUGUAGAUGCUCCAAAUGUCAGAAGUGCAGGAUAUCAGAAGCAAUACCUUGAAGGUGAAAAUUAUGGUGCUUAUUCUUUUAUCAAUGUAGCAUGUGGAAAUGAAGAAGUUGUUGAUGGGCAUAGCAUCCGGAACAUGGUAGAGGUAGCUGUAGUUUGUGAGGUAGUUGCCAACCUCUUCGAAGGAUUCAUUGCCUCGGGAGAAAAGAUUAGUAUUGGUAUUAUAUCACCAUACAAUGCUCAAAUUGCUGCAAUCAAAGAGAACCUAGGAACUAAAUAUAGUACUGAUGAUGAGAGUGACUUCUUGGUGGAUGUCCGAUCUGUUGAUGGUUUUCAAGGAGGUGAGAAGGAUUUAAUAAUAAUCUCCGCAGUACGCUCCAAUGCGAACAGAUCAAUUGGCUUCCUUUCUAAUAGUCAAAGGGUUAAUGUAGCACUAACUAGAGCAAGGCAUUGCCUCUGGAUAUUUGGCAAUGAGGCGACACUAAAAAGCAGUGGUUCUGUUUGGAAGAAACUUGUACAUGAUGCUCGGGUUAGGGGCUGCUUCCAUGAUGCUCAUAAUGACAAGGACUUGGUGAAAGCUAUGGCAGCUGCCUUGAUAGAUAUUGACCUCCUUGACAUUAAAAUACGCCUUUAUUCAGUACUUUUUCAAGGAACAAGGUGGAAGGUAAGUGUUGAUGAUAACUUUUGGAAAGCAAUGGAGAAAAUUAAAAGCAUAGAAGUCCGUAAGAAAGCAAUUUCCAUAUUGAUGAAGCUUUCUAGUGAUUGGCAAUGGCCUCGCACUGAACAUAUCACUGUCUUAAAUGGGAUGUCUACUCAACUCUUGGAGCUCUGUCCUAUUGAUGGGCUCCUUCAUAUUGUUCUGACUCUUGAGACCGUUAUGGAGACCUCAAGCUAUGUAGAUGUCAUGCGGGUUUGGGAUAUUCGGCCACUGACAGAGAUACCAAACCUCGAUCCUUUGCUUAUAUUGUGCAAGCAGUUUGAUGCUCUUCAUUUGAAAGAUGAGUUAUAGCCAUCCGUUGGAAGUUCUUCAUCAUCAGGUAAUAAUCUUGAGGUUAGAGCAUCUGAUGGCUUGAAGUUACUGAAGUGUGCAUACAUGAUAUAUAUACAAGAUUGGUAGGGCAUUUUUUUGUAGAGAUGUGGAAAUGAUACAACUUUUUGAGACACUUCUUUUAAUGUGCAUAGAUAGGAUUGGUUUGACUCAGUAUAGAAUGGGAAAAAGUUCUCUUAAUGUGCAUUGAUAGGAUUAGUUUCAUGCAGUUAUUGAAUGUGGAAGAAGUUGAUACGGGAAAUCUUUUCGAGGGGCUAGAGUAUUAUGUUGUCUACUUUCAGUUUGCAGCUAUCCCAUCAAUGGAGCUAACCACAUCCCUUGGUUUGCAUUUAUGUCA